AUGAAUAUUGUUAAUUCUAACGAUAAUAUUAAUAAUAACAACAAUAUUAGUAAUGACAAUAGUUUAGAAACUGAACCAAUUCUUGUUAAUGACAACGAUACUUCUUUGGAAAAUUUGAACACUAAGGAAGAGAAUGUAGCGGCUGCGCUUGUUUUUGCUAAUCAAGAUUCGACUGAUCGUAGUAAAAGUAUAAAAAAAUUCGAAAUUUCCACUACUAUUAUUACUACUAAUACUAGUACUAUUGAUACCACUAAUACUAUUAAUAACGGUUCAACAAAAACAACAGCAACAUCACCUUUAAUAAAUAACCUGACAACAAAUGAAUUACCAACUUCCGGAGCCUCUGUCUCAUCAUCUGCAGGCGAAGGCAGUAGCCGGGGAGUUAGAAGAAAUUCUCAAAGUAAGACCACUGAGAAUAACAAUUCAAAUAGCUCUUCAGAAUAUGAAUGUAAUAUUUGCUUUGACACAGCUGGAUCUCCUGUUCUUACAGUUUUUUGUAAGGCAGGGUGUGGACAAGACAAAGUGAUACCUGUAUAUGGACGUGGAAAAGAAGCAAAGGAUCCUAGAAAGAACUCAGAUAUUCCUAAUCGACCAGCUGGCCAAAGACCUCGGCCACAAAGAGAUCCAAAUCUACCUAGUACACAGUUUUUCCCUGGAUUAAACAUUCAUUCAACAACUCUAAUGCCACACUUCUCUAUUUCUGUCAGUACAAUUUUUCCUACAGUUUUUAGCCCACAAAUAACAUUUCCGCCUGCUAAUGGUCCUCCUUCGGAACAACAAGCAUUCUUAUCAAGAAUUCUUUUUAUGCUUGGAGUUCUCAUACUAAUAUGUUUUUAUUUCAAUUAA